AUGGCUCAGGGCGCCUGGGCCAGCAUGCUCUUCCACAACCGCAAGACCCAGCUCCUGCUGGUCAACUCCCUGACGUUCGGCCUGGAGGUCUGCCUGGCUGCAGGGAUAACCUACGUGCCCCCGCUGCUGCUGGAAGUGGGCGUGGAGGAGAAGUUCAUGACCAUGGUUUUGGGGAUAGGACCUGUCCUUGGCUUGGUUUUUGUCCCGCUGAUUGGAUCCGCCAGUGACCACUGGCACAGCAGCUACGGCCGAAGGCGGCCUUUCAUCUGGAUGCUUUGCCUGGGAGUCCUGCUGAGCCUCUUCGUUAUCCCGCACGCCAGCAGCCUGGCCAGCCUAUUUGCCCUCAACACUCGCCCGCUGGAGAUCGCCUUCCUCAUCCUGGGCAUCGGGUUGCUGGAUUUCUGCGGCCAGGUCUGCUUCACCCCGCUGGAGGCUCUGCUCUCAGACCUCUUCCAGGAGCCAGACAACUGCCGCCAGGCCUUCUCUUUGUAUGCCUUUAUGAUCAGCCUGGGGGGCUGCAUUGGCUACCUGCUUCCAGCCAUUGACUGGGGCGGCAGCUUUCUGGCCCCGUACUUGGGAGGGCAGGAGACGUGCCUCUUCAGCCUCCUCGCCAUCAUCUUCCUCGGCUGUGUGCUGGCCACGCUCUUUGUGACAGAGGAGGCAGCCGCCCAGGGAGAUGUCCUGGAUGGCCCAGCGCUGAAGGAUGCUCCCCCCAAGCCCUCAGCUCCUGCCUGCUGCUCUUGCCAGCUCUCCAGGAGCUCAUGUCUCCUGCAGGCCAGGCACAUGGUGCAGGCCCUCAGAAACCUCUGCACGCUGGUGCCACGGCUUCACAGCCUCUACUGCCGCAUCCCCAAGGUCAUCCGGCGCCUGUUCGUGGCCGAGCUCUGCAGCUGGAUGGCACUCAUGACUUUCAUGCUGUUCUACACAGACUUUGUUGGGGAAGGGCUGUACCACGGCGUCCCCAGAGCCAAGCCAGGCACGGAUGCCAGACGCCACUACGAUGAAGGUGUCCGGAUGGGUAGUUUGGGCCUCUUCCUCCAAUGCGUCACAUCCAUCUUCUUUUCGACAAUCAUGGACCGGAUGGUGAAGCAGUUUGGGACGCGGGCGGUCUAUCUGGCCAGCGUGGUGUUCUUCCCCGUGGCUGCCUUCGUCAUGUGCCUUUCCCACAGUGUCAUCGUUGUUACCAUCUCGGCUGCUCUGACGGGCUUCACCUUCUCUGCACUCCAGAUCCUGCCAUACACGCUGGCAUCACUGUAUCAUCACGAAAAACAGGUAUUUUUGCAUAAAUAUAAGAGCAAAGAGGAGGAAGAUGCAGCUCGAUUGGACAAGAAAUCAGCCUUCUCUAAAGGCCUCCUUUCCAGCCAGAAGCUGCCUUACCAGAAUGGACAUGCUGGGAGCCUCUUCUCUUCUUCCUCCUCUUCCUCCUCUCCUCCAGCUGCCAGCUCAGCUCUGUGCGUCAGCUCCUCCUGCGACGUCUCGCUCAUGAUGAUGGUGGGAGAAUCGGACUCUGUGGCUCCUGGCCGAGGGAUCUGCUUGGACCUGGCUAUUUUGGACAGUGCUUUCCUCCUCUCUCAGGUUGUCCCCUCCCUCUUCAUGGGGUCCAUCGUCCAGUUUACGCAGUCAGUGACUGCCUACAUGGUGUCGGCUGCCGGCUUUGGCCUGGUAGCCAUUUACUUUGCAACCAAAGUUGUCUUUGAUAAGAGUGACAUGGCGAAGUACUCGGUGUGA